AUGGACCAGGAGAAGCGGUAUAAGCUGAUAAAUGCAAGAACCGUCAGCAAUCUCGGACUGCCUAGUCAGAGUUUCGAGGGUAGUUUCUGGACGGACUCCAGAACGGCAUUGUCGUGGAUCAAGGCUGAUCCACGGAACUAUCGACAAUUCGUUUCAUUUAGAGUGAGCGAGAUAUUAGAACACACUGCGGCCAGUGACUGGCGGUGGGUACCGUCAAAGGGCAAUCCAGCGGAUGAGGCAACGAAAUGGGGAAGCGGCCCAUACUUCAACCACGAGAGCAAGUGGUUUCAGGGACCAAGAUUUCUAUGGCUACCAGAAAGCGAAUGGCCACAUCCAGGAGAUUUAACAGUCUUGCACCACUGCUCUUAUACGCUAACAAUCGACUUCGAUCGAUUCUCUUCUUGGAAUCGGUUGCAAAGAGCAACAGCGUACGCUUUGCGGUUCAUACACAAUACGGCUAAGAAGCAGCCGAGAUAUGUCGGACAACUACAGCAGCCCGAACUCCACGCAGCGGAAAUAGCGAUCUUCAAACUGGUUCAACAGGAGUCGUAUCCUGACGAGAUUGUCGCAUUAUCCACAAAAGGCCCGAACGAGAUAAGACAGGACGCCAUUGAUAGACAUAGUCCCAUCUACCGGCUUCUUCCGAUGCUGGAUAAUAAUGGAAUGCUACGCAAACGUGGCCGGAUCGGAACAGCCGAAGAAAUCAGCUACUACGUGCGUUAUCCCAUUACCAUGUGA